AAAAAAAUUCUAUCGGCUGCUUAAAAGAAUCAAUUAAUUUUCUUGAGUGAGACAAAAUCUUCCCCUUUAUUAAUCAAAAUCAAAAUCAAAGAAAUAGAAAAGAAAUGGUGCUGUGGGAGAUCACAUUAGGAACCGCCUAUUUCCUAGGCCUCAAACGCACUUACAAACUCGCUCUCAGGAUUCAACGCCGCCUUGUUUCUCCUCGGCACCCUAAGAUCCGCGAUUUUCUUCAGAGACGAACACGUGCUAUUUUUGAUGCUGCACUCACGGUUCACCAAAAUGUACAACAGAGAGACAUAGAAGUCGGUAGGAAUCUCGGUAACUGGAUUUUGCGUUGGCUGGACCGGAUGAAACCUUCUGCUCAGAUCCGUGGUACCUUACCACAUCCGAGCUCAGAUAUGAAAAUAACAAAGCAGACAAGCAGCUCUUCCCACCUUAAAACUCCUGGGAACAUCCAGAAAUCCAGAAACCAGGAUUCAGGUAGGCAUCUUUUCACUGCAUCAAGAAUUAUGUGGUCUAAGCCUCUUCCUACAAUUGCAAUGUUUAUGCGGCCAACGAGACCUGUUGGAAACGGGAGUGCUACCCAGUACAGAUAUUUGUCCAUCAGAGGUCCUGAAAUGGCAAGUAGAAACUAUAGUGAUGUAAAUGCAAUGCGUUUUGACGGAGUUAUUAGGAAGGACAUAAUGCAGUACCUGCUGCACUACUGAUAUCAGAAGAUACUUCUUUUUUGGGCUCGGUUUGGAUUUUUGUUAUCAGCCGUGUCCUUCAAUGUUGUUUUGUUUUGUGUUAUCUAUCCUUAGUAAAGGUUUAUUAGGAUUGAAAUAAAAGGUCCCAUGAUACAGGAGCUGAUUCACUUUAACUACUCUCCCAUUUCUAGUUCUGCACCGAGCCGGUGGAGAGGCCAAUAAUCCUGGAAUCCUUGAGGUACUGAAUUCUUUAGUCCAUGUUACUUACUGUCAAUAUCUGGGUGUUGAACUAUUAAAAAAUCUGCAUAUGUAGAAGGGUUCUAAAACUUGUUGUUGAGUAUUUAACCUUAGUGGUAAUGUGGAUGCCAAAUCCCUUAAUCAUAUCAACUUUGCAUUUCGAGUUAUAGAGGCAACUCAUUUUUAGGCCAAACCUCUCCAUCUCUCAGGUCUAGUCACUCUCAAUUUUCUCUCCUUAGUUGAUACGAUUUCUUUAGCAGUUAUUAAGAUUGUAUUAUAACUCUACUCCAUUUUUGGUCAAAUCAUAGUAGUGUGUAUGCUCUAUGUCAUGUACUCGCCAAAGAACUAAUUCAUCGGAACAGUCCCUCCUAUAAAACAAGUUUUUUCGAUGUGUAUAACAAUCAGCUUGAAGGCCAGUGUCUGCUAUUUCUUUCGGUACAUCUUCUUGUAACUUCGUGCAAGAAUUGUAUGGCAAUUUCUUACAAGAAUACAGAGUUUGAGCCAUUUGCUAGCCCUGCUCAUCUUCGGCGCCCUGGCCGAUCAGUGGAUUGAUCAAAGAGUUUUGCACGGAGUUUAGUUGCUUCUCGUUUACUUAAGCAGUUCGAUUCUUAUAUGUUUAGUUCAUAAAAGCAGCCUAAGCAGGGAGGGGAAAGGCAGGCUGAUCGGGUAGUCGCUGGCGGUGGAAAUGUUGGCGGAAAUUAAGGGAUCGGAGGGAAUUCUGGGAGUAGCAACAACAGAACAUGAGGUGGAUUUUCAUUGGAAAUAGAGGGGAUUGGUUACAUUAGUGGCUUAAAAAAUCUGUUCACGGGCAUUAGCAGAGACAAUAGCUGGCUGGAGUCUGAACAAAUAUAUAAAGAUGCAAGAAAUUGGAAUACUUUGUACUAUUAGAUUUUAUAAACUAAUUUUUGCAAUCAUCCUUUAUUAAUAACCGUUUCUUGUUUA